UAACAGCACAGGCUCGCGACAGCACGUUAGCAGCUCCCCGUGUAGGCAAGGGGCGCUUUAUUUCAACCUCCUGGGCACUUUACACGGGCGGCUAUAGUGCUGAAGCGUUAUAGACUCAUGGUAUGAUUCACCUUUACUCCAAGUAAGAGGAAUGCCGUUUAACAUUAAUACCUGUAGGCGGUUAUUAUCCACCCCCUUAAAGACGGGCGGAGCUAAGUGAGCUCAAAGCGCCACAAAGGAGGAUAAAAGAAGCGUCCCCAUUUCUUCGCUACCAUGGGGAGUGGGGUAAAUAUCCCACCACCGAGCAGGCCGCCAGCACACGGCCGGGUUUAAAUAAAUGGGAGAGAGCCGUCGGUACGCGGUGUUCAGUCUCGUUUCCACCGUGUCCUGGACCGGCCUCUGCUCCGAUGUUCGUGCGGUGGCUGCUGCCUGCGCUCUGGGCUCUGUCCGCGGAGGCGGACUUCUUCCAGUUCGACAGCAUUUCCAAUGUCUCCACUUACUAUUUUAAUUAUAUUUAUUGUAAUAUAUGGGAGGGGGAUUGUCAGCCCAACCAAGACGAUGCUACACAACAAGUUCCUACCAGGGACCUGUGGGCAGGUUUUCCUCAGGACUACGUUAGCCUGCUGCAUCAGUGGUACUGUAGUCUGGGCCAGUGCUGUGAGUCCGGAGACUGCAGGAUAACCAACAACAUCACAGGUCUAGCGAGGGACCUUCAGAUAAAGCUCCACGGGCAGCACCUGGCUCAGUCUGUGGUUCUGAAAGCCAUCCAGGGUUUUAUUAACAACCCAGAGUCCAACAAGCCACUGACACUCUCCUUCCACGGCUGGUCCGGCACCGGGAAGAACUUUGUGGCCCGGAUCAUUGCUGAUAACCUCUAUCGUGACGGGGUGAAGAGUGAGUGUGUCCGACUGUUCAUCGCCCCGUUCCACUUUCCACACGCCAGACUGGUGGACACGUACAAGGGCCAGCUCAGAGAGGCGAUCCGGGACAUGGUGUUGCGCUGCCCUCAGACUCUGUUCAUCUUCGACGAGGCUGAGAAGCUUCACCCAGGCCUCAUCGAUGCCAUCAAACCCUACAUGGAUCACUACGACAACGUAGAUGGCGUCAACUUCCGCAGAGCCAUCUUCCUCUUCCUCAGUAAUAUUGGUGGAGCAAUAAUCAAUGAUGUAGCGCUGGACUUCUGGCACUCCGGUCAAAAUCGAGAGGACAUCGGUAUGGAAGACCUGGAGCAUCGGCUACGAGCUGAAACGAUGGAGUCUCAAGGUGGGUUUGCUCAGAGUGAGCUGAUGUCUGGCCACCUGAUCGACUUCUUUGUGCCAUUCCUCCCUCUGGAGUACCGCCAUGUCAAGCUCUGCGCACGGGACGCCUACGCAGCACGAGGUCUGGAGACCGAUGAAGCUACGCUGGAUGAGGUGGCCAAGGCGAUGCUGUAUGUCCCCAAAGAAGAGAGACUGUUCUCAGCCCAGGGAUGCAAGUCCAUACCCCAGCGGAUCAACUUCUUUCUCCCCUAGAAGGAGAGGCGGACAGACAGACUGGAGGAGGUGUGAGAUUGCUUUACCAGCCCAUCUGCAUACAGAGCCACAGAGAUCUUCUCUGCUCUGCUCUACGUACUCCCCCCGCCCCACCUCCCCACAGAUACAACACGUAUCUGUCCAGGUCCCUCAGAGAAGUCCAAGACAGCAGGGCAGAUCCAGUAUAAGAGGAGAAAGCAACACGACCCACCCUGCAGAUAUGAGUAGUGCCAGACGGUCGUCAUGUGCAGUGUGGCUGCUCUUCCUCUGCCUGGUUUGAAUCCUUACAGUGUCAAGAAGACGGUUUUAGUGGUUGUGCAGUGUAUGUCAUAGAGGAUUAGUUUUUUUUUCACAUUACAUUCUGUCUGUUUGCCUUGGCCAAAGUCUGAGUUGCACUUUUUGUUCAUGGUUAGAUAAGGUCACACUUCAUCUGUUAGUAUUUCCAUUGUGCUUAUGUUGGCACCGAUUAUUUAUUUGUACCAUUAGUAAACAUGAAAUGGCACUGUGGUGUAAACAGUAUGGAGUCUAACAGCUAACGUACAUAGUGCGGUGAUUAAAAUGUUACUUGAAAUUGCUAUUGGAAAACAUUACGUCAGUCACAAUGGAUCUAUUUAAAAGUUACAUUUUUUGUAUAAAUAUGUUUAAUGACAGUGCUUUUAAUCAUUUAUUUUUUACUCCCAGUUCUUUGAUUUAUUCAUUGGAACUUCACAAAUGUCUGGGUGUCAUCAUUAUAGUGCUGUUAAUUUUGAGCAUAGUUGUUGCUAUUGUUGUAUUCAGUGACUUGCUUUAUCUCCAUCAUUUGUGCAUUCCCCUUCACAUACUGUCACACUGCUUUAGUGAUUUUGUUCUCUAAAGCUCAGGGUCACCUCACAAGAAGAAGAGAUAUCAGAAAUGGUUUUAAGAAAAUAAACACCCACAGGAAA